CCGCUUCCGUGCCGCUGACUUCCGGGCGCUGCGCUGCCAUUUUGCUCGCGCGGAAGCGGUGCGGCCGGGUGGGCGUCCCGGCGCCGAGGAGAGCGGGCCGAGCGGCGGGCGCCGCCGCCACCAUGCCGUCGUCGCCGCUGCGGGUGGCGGUGGUGUGCUCGAGCAACCAGAACCGGAGCAUGGAGGCGCACAACAUCCUCAGCAAACGAGGAUUCAGUGUCCGGUCCUUUGGAACAGGAACUCAUGUGAAGCUUCCAGGACCAGCACCUGACAAGCCAAAUGUUUAUGAUUUCAAAACCACAUAUGAUCAGAUGUACAAUGAUCUUCUUAGGAAAGACAAAGAACUCUAUACACAGAAUGGCAUUUUACAUAUGUUGGACAGAAAUAAGAGAAUCAAGCCCCGGCCAGAAAGGUUCCAGAACUGCAAAGAUCUGUUUGAUCUGAUCCUCACUUGUGAAGAGAGAGUCUACGACCAGGUGGUAGAAGAUCUGAAUUCCAGAGAACAGGAGACCUGCCAGCCAGUGCACGUAGUCAACGUGGACAUCCAGGACAACCAUGAAGAGGCCACACUGGGGGCCUUCCUCAUCUGCGAGCUCUGCCAGUGUAUCCAGCACACAGAGGACAUGGAGAACGAGAUUGACGAGCUGCUGCAGGAGUUCGAGGAGAAGAGCGGCAGGACCUUCCUGCACACAGUCUGCUUCUACUGAGGGCGCCGCCCGCCCCAGCCAGCGGCCUGCACGUCCUUCGUCAGUGCUGCUUCCUUCUCGACGUUGUCUACUUUAGGUGCACUGCUGCGGGUGGCAGUGUUACCCCGAUAAACUGUACAUGUGAAAUGAGAAGAUGCACAUAAAUGCCAGAUUAAAACAAGUUCUUCUACCCACUUCUACAAUAAUGAGUGGGAUAUUGAUUAUAGAGGUUUCUUUCAUUAACCAAAAAAGAAAAGGUUCAUAGGACAUUUCCCCCGACGUGAUAGGACAUUUCCCCCGACGUGUGCCUGUCUCACCCGCCUUUCCCCUUUCCCCUCCCCUAACUGGCUGGGCUGUACAAACACCUGAAAUAAAGCGAUGGGCUGAAUCUUACUAGGAGAGAA